AUGAGUUAUUCGCAUGCGAUUGUAGUUGGAGUUCCAAACAGUUUGAAAUUCCCAAAUAAGAAAUCCACCCUGGAUGCGGAUGCGUUGAGAAAACAAAGUGAAGGACUUAUCGAGACAUUACGUGAAGCUGGUGUUGUUGUCAGUGAAUACUGUCCAGAAAAUGGCUCUUCGGUCUCGAGUCUACUAGUUGGCGAUGCCGCAAUUGCUAUACAUGGAACCAUUCUGAUGUGUCGACCUAAAAAACCAGGAAUACCACCCAGUGAGUUGCGACGUAUUCUCCCAAAAUGGUGUCGAACUAUUGAAGAAUGCCCUGAGACUAUAGAUGGAAAAUCAGUGGUUCUUGAGGGAGGAGAUGUAUUCUUUACUGGAAAAGAGAUUUUCGUUGGCAUCCGCAAAAACGGAACAAAUUUCGAAGGAGUUAAAGUUGUUGCUCGAGUAUUUUGUGACCACGCUGUUAUACCUAUACAUAUGUCAGACAAGGCCCAAAGCCUGAAGUAUUAUGUCUCUCUAGUUGCUCCUGGUAUACUUGCAAUAGGAACUAGUAAAGAAGCUCAGAAUAUCCUCAAGGUGCUGGAAGCCGAGGCCAUGUUGCGAUACAGAAUUAUCUCAGUUGACGACGAUGACGGUGUCAACUGCAUGCUGGUGAACAAUCGACUUAUUUUCGUGCAAAACAGAGCGGCAGCAAAGUUCACCGCACUCCAAUCGAAUGGACUUGAAUUAUGGACUGUUGAUGUUUCCGAUUUGCUCAAGGCUGGGGCGCCCCUAGCACGCCACUGUCUUCUCAUCCGAGAAAUGAAAUCACCCAAGGAUUUCUUCUCCUGA